AUGUACGCAGUCAGCAUAUCGCUGGGUUCCAGCAGCGCUGUGGUGGCCGUUGCCGCCGCCACUACUACAGCUGCUUCUGUCGCGGCUGGAGCAGAGACGGCCGCGCCGAUUAAAGUUGCCAUCAACUCCGCUGGUCACCGCUCAACACCAGUGAUGGCCGCCUUUGCAGGCAAUGAGGAGGUUCUCUUUGGUGAUGAUGCUCGUGCCUUGUACCCACGGACACCGGAUGUUGUGGUGCCGUAUCUGUUUGCGUCUGCUGCCGUUGCUGAGCAGCAGCGGCGCCAGCAACGCUAUGACAACGAUGAUGCUGCUGACAAGGGCAAUAGUGGCAGUACCGUGGAGGAGAAUUUUGUUCUGGUUCUUCAGCGUGGAAUCGAAGAAGCCGCGAAGAAGCACUACAAGGGUUAUUGCCCACUUGUAACUGGAGAGGGUGAUAAGGCGGGGCGCCUGGGUUUUUUCCCCCCAAACCAGAGUGAUGAAGGGGAGGAAAAUAAUGAUUUUGUUAACGCAGAAGACAUGCUGGUGGAGUUCUUUAACCACAUAAAAAAACAUACAGUGGAUGCGGCCUGUGAACUGGCAGCUACUGAUGAAAAAUCAUCUCCACAGGGGAAGUUGCCGCAACAGGCGGGGAUAUCGAAGAUUAUUCUCACGAUUGUGGUACCGCGGUAUUUGUUUAUGGGGGCAGUAGCGUCCUCCAAGAUUUUGCAGGGGAAUGUAGACGAUGCCUCUCAAGAUGUGGUUCAGUGGGUGCGGAAUGCGGUUUUCACUUCCCAUUUGGGCGCCGUUGCAGCGCAUGUGUCAGUUCUUUUUUCAGACGAGGCGGCAUUGUUGGCGAUGGACGCGGUUGCAUGCCGCCCACAUCCGUCUCAUCCCAUGGCGGACCGCUACUUCCUUUUAUCUGCUUCCGCGUCAAUGUCAUACGGGGUGGGAACUGGCGGCACAAUUACCUCACCGUGGCCAUAUUCACGUGUACUUAUCGUGGAUUGGGGUGCGCUGGGUGUGUCACUGACUCGUCUUCGCCUGGAAGGUGGCUGUCUUGUAGAUGAAGCAAAACCUCUUUUUCUUCGCGCUUGUCAGACCGGGGUGAAUUCGCGAGGGGCGGAGUUUGGCUUCGCUGCUGCUGCAUGCAGUGGUGGCGACGCCGUCAAUUUGGCCCUCCGCGAGCGUCUUGCCACGGCCUUUGCACAACAGCAGCGCCGUGUCUUGGGUUAUCAGUCACUGGACGAUUUUCCCCUUCGUGCCCAGCGACGGUUGUUGCUUGUUGCAGAGGACAAAAAAGUGGCCCUGAGCAAGGCGGCCCAAGUGCCGGUGGAGGUUGAGGCAUUGGCGGAGGGCAUUGACAUGCGCGACACCGCGACGUUUUCGCGUAUUCGUGUUGACGCUGCGCUGCGUGGGGAAUGGAAGUUUGUUGAAUCCUUUGAAAGGGUUCUUGCGGAAUAUCUUCAUCUUUUACAACAAGCAGAUGAUGGCGUUAUCGAUGCUGUGGUACUCUGUGGCGGUAUGCUACAAAUGCCUUGUAUUGCUCAGUCUUUGCGGCAUAUUUUUACGCAGCGUGCUCUCUUUCCAGGGGAGGGUCCUCGCUUGUUUGCGCGCAACCUUGUUAUUAUGGAGGCCGCAACUAGCACAACACUCGUGGAGGAUUGUUCAAGCGAUAGCAGCAAGUGCUCCUCGCAGUUGCGACCAAACAAUACCGUAUUUGGGGCGGAGGAGCUCCCAUGUGUGGGAGGAUGUCUGCACAGCUACCACCUCGCUCUUGCAGCUCUUCAAGAACAAGAACAUGGAUAUAAGGAUACUGCAAGAGGUGGCAAAAAUAGAAAGAAUACAGUGAAUCCAGGUCGUAAAAAGCAAGAACUUGCUGAGGGGGCACGGCGUGCGUGGCUUGCUCUUACCCUUGGCGAUACGGGCAGGCAUGAUGAUGGAAGUCGUCGUUGUAAUGAGGUUGCGGUACUGCAACAUCCGAUUCUUCUCUACACUCAGUCCAAUCUUCAGGCGUUGCAUUCGGCUCUGACACAGCAGCAGAAGAAGGGUGCUGCUCUGCAAAUUUCAACGGCAGCGUUAUCUGUCUUGUUUGCGGCCCACACGCUUCUUCCUGCACGUGUUGUGGUACCGUUGACCGGAGCCAGACGCGAUCCGUUUGUCCUUUACUUGUUUAUGGGGUGUGAGGAUGACAUGCAGCAACAACAGCACAAGGAAGGUGGGUUGGAUGAAAUGACCGCGCUUUCCUGCGUUAUCCCCUUGAGGAACAAGGGUGUGUCAUUGCCAGCGGUAGAGGAAGAGGAAGCAGGGGGAAAGUGGAGGAACUGUAUUGUAUUCACAUUGUGUGAAGAUGAGAACAGCGACGCUGCUUUGACAGGAGGCGCAGCCACAACGGAACCCCUGAAGUUGAUGAUACAACUGGUGCGCGUUGCCACGCACGCCUCUGAGUCAUUUGUGAUAGGCCCAGGCGAUGUGCAGGCCAGCGUCACGCUGGACCUCCGUGAACGCUGA